AUGAUCCGCUUGGCGGAUUAUGUCGUUAUUGUCGGAUAUGACUUCGAUAAAUCUGUCGAUUUCGAGAGCCAGGGUCGCGUUUUGCAACGUUUUCCUACCAAAGAGUGGAAAAAUUAUCCAUACGAGUUUCAUGUUGAGUCGUUCUGUCAACCUUGUGGAUGGCGUUUGACUGCAAAUCGUCAGGCACCAACAUUUUUCGUUGCUUAUCUUACUGGUAUUGAUGGGAGUCAUUAUUACGCCGCUUGCCUAACCUUCUACGAGGCUGUCUCAAGUCAACAGCAGAACAUUAUCCAACAUCGCUCUCAUGGCAAUCGUCCCAUCACCAAUUCAGUGGAGGUUCAUCUACUUCAGAAUGCUUUAACUAACUCUCCCACUGGAAGUCUCAGUCCUCUAGGAAGUGAUGAAAACUUUGCCGCUAUGACAGGCAACUCUGCUGGCCAUGGUUCCUUAGUAGAUCCCAAUUUGGUCCGCCCCACGGAGCUUUUUGCACCAAAAUGUAUUGUCCUUUUGGCUCGUCAUCAACACUUCAAGGUUUUGCAGAAUUGCCUGAGCAUACUCUACACAACAUUUAUGGAUAGUCUGAAUGAGAUUGAUUUGGAGGAAAUUAUUGGGAAUAUUGUUGGAGGAGUUGAAAUCCAACCUAUUGGCGGCCCAAGGAAGACUUUUACAAUUGGAGCCAAUGAUCGACAGACAAUUCAGCCCGCAAAAUAUCGAACAAUACCGGUCACACGUUCAUCUGUGUCUAGUCUCUUCAAAUAUCUAGGUAUCGACAAUGUUCUUCUAAUGUUCACGGCGAUGUUAAGUGAUCAGAAACUCUUAGUCUGCUCUCAAAGUCUGGUUCGGUUGACAGAAGCUUGUCAUGCUCUCACUGCAAUCAUCUAUCCACUCAAAUAUGGCAAUACCUAUGUCCCAAUUCUGCCAAAAGGCCUGGUGGAUUAUCUUAACGCCCCAACCCCCUUCCUCUACGGAAUUCACGCAUCCUAUUGUCACCUCCUUCCUGACAUUCCGGAUGUAUUUAUAGCAGAUCUUGAUGUCGGACGAGUGAUCUGUCCUGAAAAUCUUCCCCUUCCUCAGAUUCCUCAACCCUUCCUCACUGAAGCUAUUCAGAGCCUCUUUCACAUUCUGAGUCCGGAUCUGCUGACUGCAGACAACGUUUACCCACCCCGACCAGAGACUAUUCCCAAUCUCACCCCGGAUCAGGUUGAUAAGAAACUACGAGCUGUUUUCCUGCGUCUCUUCGCUUCUAUCUUUGCUGGAUAUAGAUCCUGCCUCACAAUAACUCGAAUCCACCCGCAACCUGUUAUUCACUUUAAUCAAUCACUGUUCCUGGUGCUGCGAGGAGUUAAUGAACCCGAUGACUUCUUUGAUCGUCUACUCUCUAGCAUGCGUUUCCAUCAAUUCGUGCUUGAACGUGGACCGCCCUUCCGAAUGUGUGAUCUCUUCGACGAGGCCUAUGACGUGGCGAGAGCAAAGGCUCAACCCCUUGUGCCCCAGUUUGUUGCUGAUACCUCCUUCCCUGACAUGGAUUAUGAAGCUUUUGUGGCAGAUUUCACCCAAUCCCUCAAUCGCAUUGCUCAGAAGUUCAUGGAUAAUGAGAACAAUGAAUCCAACCCUAUUGUUGACGUUCUUGAAGACGAGGCUAUUGAAGCCCACAACCGUCUCCAUCAUCGUCCAUUCCCUCGUCUCAACGCCCAGAAAGUGGACGAUUUUAUUAAAUCCGCUCAGCAACAUCGCAGCCAAUCUUCGCUAUUGACCUUUGAGGUUGAAGAAACACCUCGAAUUGUACCCAAGGGUGAGCAACUGGAUCGUCAUGCCUUUAAAUCUGAGUUACCAGCUGAGAAGUGUCGAGUUAUCCGAGAAUUCGUCUCUGACAUCUUUGACCUGCAUAUCACUGAAGCCCUAAAGAGACGAAACACAAUUCGACAGGACUUGAAAUCCCAGCCCUUUCGUCGACUCUUUGUAGACGAAUUGUGCAAGAAGAUCAUUCCGCCCACGUCGUCGUUAAAUGGCAUUUCUCCCAACAAUUGCCCCGAGAGUCUUAUUAUGGAAUUCGAACGUCGGGCAUCACUCAAUUGGGACCAAUUCGAUGUUAUUGUAGGACUACUUGAUGAGGCAUUGAGGUAUGAGGGGAUGUCGUAUAACACUGUCAUUGCUCCGUUUGUUCUGGAGUUGGCCACUCGAAUUAGCACGCAACUUGGUGGCAUGCGAUAUUUCGCUAAUAUGACCCAUCACAUCCAGCGCCAUCGAAUUUGGUCUGAGAUGUCCUUUUGGGAGGAUGUUUUCAAUGAACAGGUCAAUAAUCAGAUUAAACAGCUCUAUAUUCAUCAAUCUGAGGAAGAACAUAGGAACGGAACUCCGUCUGAAAACCUUCCGCCUUUUCAUACUUCGGAUCAGUCCGUGCUUGAAAUCGCUGCUGAAGAAAUGCGUUCAGGAGGUCUUCGUCCGCUCGAAGUUCAGACAAGUCUCCAAAAGCAGGAAGAGGGCACUGUAUACGCGCAAAUUCUACAUUUCAUUAAUCUUAUAGUCAACUUCCGUGUCCCACUGAAUGCUGCUGCUCCAUUAAUCGCCAACAGCGAGCAGUUUGGUGGAAAUGGGGUCACUACUCCAACUUCUGAUUUCCCUCCUAGUGGAUUUGGUGGUAAUCAUCAACACCAAAGCAAUUAUCAGCGUGGUGCUUCCAACGGUUGGUCAAAUUCUAACUCCAAUACCACUUCUGGACUCCAUGAACGACGUGAUCUACCAUUCGCCAGCACCCUUCCAGCAUCUUCCUACCAAAGUGAACGAAGAAGUGUUUCCCACAUUGGUACUACUUCCCUAGGAGCUGGUUCUCACCAUCACUAUGAUAAUCAUGGAACUAAUUCACCAUCGACUGUAGUGGCAAUGCCUCCCUCAUCUAACACACGUGACGGUAACGAUGCUGUUCUCGCGGAACUCGCUGAAUGGAUCUGCAAAUUUGUGGAGAAGGUGGGCUCUGAGAACUCCCUACCCGAGUUAAGCAUCUUGCAGAUUACUAAUAAAGUUGAUAGUAUUCUAGAGGGCCAUCUUCUCAAUCUGAUGGAUAUCUACCCGGAGGUGAAGAAGAUUCCGAAGAUCAAGAAGGCAAAUAAUUUAUUUUAUUUUGAUAGUCCGGAAAUUGCAAACCCAGCUCUUUUGAUGGGUGAAAGCAUAAUUCGAAUCUGUGGUUUGGACCGAUUGCCCUGCCAACUUCUUAUCGAUGGCCGAAUGGAACGAACGGGAGGUGAUUUGUGCCGAUCUGAUCCCAUGAAUGUGGUAGAUCUUAAUGUUGGUGGUAUUAGUACCAGCGCUGUGAGCGGACAUGAAAUUUUUAAUGAGGAAGUGGAUAGUGUUAGUCGUACUCUUUUACCCGCACAAGGAGCUCUUUUUGUCACCAACUAUCGAGUCAUCUUCAUUGGUGUACCAAAGGAUCCUUUCCAAUCCAACAAAGUAGUGUGUCGCAGUUUCCCAGUUGCUGCACUCCAUUCCAUCAAGCGGAUUGGCAACAUUCGAGUGGUUACAACCAUUCCCGCCGCCACCUCGAUUGCAGCCUCAUUUGAUAUGGGUGGAACUAAUAAUUUGGUGGUAAAACAGCGUGGAGGUAAACGUAGCGGCGCACCAGUUUCAUCCUCCUCCUCUAGUGAAACUUUGGAUGUCUACCGUUUGCGAGCACUGACCAUGCAGAUGAUGCGACUGGGCUUUGAUUCGGAUGAAGUCUCCUCGGAGGCACGGGAUGAUCUUAGGCGUCUUCUAGUGGAUUUGAGAUUCCACGCGGUCAUUGGAUUGAGCUUUAAUAGUCUUCCUGCUUCGAGAGCUCUAGACGGAGUGCUUAUUACGGAUGCACCGAAUGGGCGUCAGUCACCAGCAUUUAGACCCGAUACAGUCGUAUCAGGUGACCAUAAUCACCACCACCAUCACCACCAACUUCAUCUCCACAACAGCCACCAGUCUCAAAAUAUCCACCUCCCUGCUGCUUUCACUCACAGUAAUAAUGGCAACGAUGACGACUCAGCCAGUUUGUCAGUCUCUAGUAGCAGUCCAAGCGGACUUAGUAGCCGCAGUCAAUCACAGGCCAUUGGUACCAUACAAGCGGCUGCCAUUCUACAAGCCGCUGGCGGUGGAUCGCGUAUGCACAAUCUCUCUGUCAUACGACCAGUCCUGUCUGGAUCGACGGCCACUCCUAGCGUCUCCGCCAAUCGACUUUCAGACACGGACUCCAUUGAGACUCCUGCUACUGGGCUUUCUGAUGAUUCUCUUCGUGUUGACGACUUUACUGACGCGCGGUCUCUGUUGUAUAUGAGCCUUGCUAGUGAACGUUUGACAUGCCUGGAUCCAGCGGUCUCAGAGGCUCUUCAACAAUCUGCUGGUUAUCUCGAUUUGGCUCGGGUGGCGUUGCGAGCGGCAGGAAGCAAACCUCUCUCCUCAAUUAGCCCCCUUUCCUCCAUCAGAUCGGGCUGUGCGAGUGCUAGCAUCUCCGGCUCACAACAUAAAGCCCAAUUGCCAAUCUACUCACCAGUCAUCACGUUAGCUAAUGCCAAUUAUGCUAUCACGAGAACGUAUCCCUCACUCCUUAUUGUACCUUCAGGUUUCAAACGCGCACGAUUGGAACGAGUAGCCCGCUAUCACAAACACGGUCGUUUUCCUGUGGUUGUAUGGCAGCAUACAGAGACUCGAGCCUAUUUGUUACAUACAGAAGCAAGCACUGAAGUCUCAUCUGCUAAGGAGCAUGCUCGCUAUUUCGCCUCCCUGGUGAAUAUGUCUCCUCUCCCACCCACCCAUGGAGGCAACGCCGUGAACACUGUACCAAUCACUCCCUCCUUCUCGGACUCCAUUCGUCACCGUGAUCCCUUGUCCCCACGGAUUAAUUCCAUGAUGCUUAUUCCCACUGCUAGGACCAACGAUAAUCAAAAUCUCAACACUCCUAAUCCCUCACCACGAGGUGUCUUUUCCAAUGAGAGAACCGGCUCCCUUUUGCGUUCAUCUCGUGCUAGUUCUCGAGUUGGUUCCGUUAUUUCACUAAACACUCCAUUUGAGAAACGGCUCUCACUAUUCACCGCUCCGGAAGAAAUAAGUGAUCUCGCUGGACAGAUGACUCAUAGUCCCUCUUUGGAAUUGACUGCAUCGCCAAAUACUGGCGUUACAAGUCAAUUCAUUCGGUACACUCCGAAUCAUUCAAGUCGAUACAGGAAUCGUUUUAAGGGUGGAGCACUAGGUAAAUUCACUGGUGGUAAAAUGGUCAACUCAUCACCUUCAUCAAACUCUACAGCUCCCAACGCAACUUCGCAUGCUUUUGUUAAUGAUGAUGAAAGAGGCAGCCUUAUUAGCUCUUCUACACAACAACUCUAUCCAGAGUCACGUCUACCCACUGCUCUCUAUGUACUUUGCGAACGAUCUGUGAAGACCAUGAUGAAGUCUGGUCAGUUCCCAGGCGUGGAGUUCAUGUCUGUAGACUACCCCUCCUAUUCAUCUAUUCGUGAGACUUUCCGGAAAAUCUACAAUGCCUGUCUACCAAAAGAUGCUAGAUCUCGCCUUGGAGGUGUGUUCAAAGAGUACCAACAUCGUGGAAGUGAUGGUAGUGAUCAUGAGAACAAUAAUCUUGCUGCUGCGUCGAAUGUCUCUGGGGAAAAAGGUGCUGGAGGAGCUGAAGGGCUUGGCAAAGGAACACAUGGAGAUAUCAUCACCGCUAUUGCAGAGUCUGGAUGGUUGGAACAAAUUCAGUCCCUGCUUCAACUGGCUGGUGUUUUGGUGGACAUUAUGAGCAUUCAAGGAGCCAGUGUAGCUGUCUGUUUGGAGGAUGGGUUGGAUAUUGUGACCCAGAAAGAAUGGCUUCUCUUUGGUCAUCCUUUCAAUCAACGUGUUGGUCUCAAGGCGAGUGGCAACAAUGGGAAAGCCUCUCAUACCUCCCCAGUCUUUCUACAAUUCCUUGACGCCGUGCAUCAACUAGUGCGCCAGUUCCCACUCUCCUUUGAAUUCAACGAUUUCUUCCUGCAGUUCCUCGCCUACCAUCAUGUCUCCAAUAGAUUCCAGGACUUUAAACAGGACUGUGAACUCCAACGGAUGUCUCACUGGGUCCAGCAGGCAUCGGUGGAUCAUGUCGCAGCUUAUCGGACACAUUCAAUUUGGAAAUUUAUUCAAGAUCAACACGAGGAGUGGCCCGUUUUCUUCAAUUUCUGCUACUCUCCGGAGUGUGCACAGAAGAUCCUGAUCCCCGCUACACAUCAGGCUGCUUUGAACGUAUGGAAAUACUACCUUUCUGAAGACCUAGAAUCAGGUCCCGUGUACGAUCUCGAUCUAUUCUGUCCUAGCUACCGUAAGCAGACUAAUCGUCCAUAUGAACCUGUUCUUCGUCAAGGUUACAACAACAGUCAUGUGGAACAAACAUACGCCUUGCUGGGUCUACGAGAAGGCGAUGAGGUAGUCGGUUGGCAGGAGGCUUGGUCAGAAGCUGUUCGUCUCUCUUCUGGUACUGCAAACGGAGAUUCCAACGAGCUGCUUUCACCUUUCUCCGAUAUCCCCCUGUCAGAGGAAGCUGGAGCUGACUUCGAUCGAAGAGUCCGUUCGAAACUUGGUUACACUUCUACCCUUGGCACCACUGAUGACCAUGUAGCUUUGAACACCACUCUUAAGCCCCCACCUACUCAGCCUCAACCUGACUUCGCUUUCAAUUCCCUCCCAAAACACGCAGCUAACGGGCUAGAUAUGACUACGAGUGAAAGAGGCUGUAUCAGUGAUGGAGUUGCAUCGCUGCCUGAAUCAGAUGAGGGCAAUUUGCAACCGGGGGACAUCCAUGAUGACGUUGCUUACUCACCUCCAGUUGAUGAAUGCGGUGAGGCGCAGAGAGCCGUAUUCGCUCAGCAUCGGGCCGCUACCAUGAAGAGGCUAAAUAGAACACCUGGAAAGGGCCCGCCGCCUCAGAUGUAUCAUAAUCAGUCAUCAACUUUGGCAGUACCUUCUUCGCUGAAUGAUGAUAGUGUAUCCCUGUCGAGGUCGUUUCAGCAAAGUGGCUCAUUGAAUGAUCUGGCGUUUAUUGAAGAGGGUUUUGGAAACAAUUUUGAUACUACUCUAUUCGAACAAGUAAGCUACUUUAGAGAAAACGCUUAUAAUUUAAGCCUUCAGUUGACCUUUGUUUAG